AUGGAUGUUACCGUUAGGCGUUUAUCGGAGUACUUAGAAGAGGUAUUAAUACCUUUAAAGGAGAAAGAGCGUGAUUGUCUAACUAUAAUCACCCUUGAAUUCGGCAUAUCUGUGUUACACGCUAGAAAUCGAUUAUUUGAAUCCAUCCUACACUUAGCAUAUAAACUUAAAGUGAAAAAAUAUAGGGGAAGAAAAUCGAAAGAGGAAAAAGACCUAGAAGAUCAAACCAAAAGAGAGAUACAAACAAGGUUCCGCAUUGAAACAGGUUCACUAAUAGAUAUGCCUAAAUCCAAUUUCGGGAAUACAAAUGAUGGAAAUACUAGCAGAAGGUUCUUUGAGAAUUCCAGAUUAGCUGCAGAAAUAACUGGCAUUAGCUAUGAACUAAUAUACAGACUAAAAGUCAUAUUGGAAGCAACUUCAAGCGGAUUUGAAAUUGAUCCGGUAAAUUAUGAAAGAUAUGCUUCAGAAACUGCUCGACUUUAUGUUAAGUUGUAUGAUUGGCAUCCUAUGACGCCAACAAUGCACAAGAUUUUAGUGCAUAAUGCAGUCAUUAUUGAAAAGGCAUUGUUACCAAUCGGACAGCUUUCCGAGGAAGCAGCUGAGGCUGGCAAUAAAUAUUUUAGAAGAUACCGACAAGAUUUUGCGAAGAAAUUUUCCAGGGAAAGCUAACAAAAUAUCUUGUAUAGAAAGUUUAUAAUGAAAGGAGUAUUAAAAGUUCAGUUACCACCAUCAAAAAGAAAAAGGAGCAGUAUUGACUACAGCCUCUGUGUAUUGUGCCAAAAAAAGGAACAAGAAUCUCUUGUUGCGAAAUCAAAAUCGUCGGAAACACUUUUAGAAGCCCUUGCCAAACGAAAGAAGUUUGGAGACAAAGAGUUCGAAUGUUCAUAUGAGUUACUAUGUGAUACAAGUAUACUAACAUAA